GACAUGGAAAAUAAGGCAUUGGAACCUGACUCUGUGAGUAUUCCCAUGGAGGAUACUUUCAAGUGUAAUGCAGCUAGUCAGAUACUAGCCCAGCCUCUGCGACAGGAGGCUUCCACGUUGAAUCUGAAAAAAAUUGAGAACAGGACCAAAGAAGCGCAGCGCUUCACCCACCUACCCAAACGCUCAUCAGUAGACCUUGAGUUCAUUGACAUCUCUUACACCAUUCAAGAGGGCCCAUGCUGGAGGAAGAGAGGAUUCAAAGACUUAUUGAAAUGCCUCUCUGGAAAAUUCUGCAGUCGGGAGCUUGUUGGAAUCAUGGGGCCCUCAGGUGCUGGAAAAUCUACCUUAAUGAACAUUUUGGCUGGAUACAGGGAAACGGGAAUGACAGGUCAGAUCCUUGUAAAUGGGAAACCCAGGGAUCUCAGGACAUUUAGGAAAAUGUCCUGCUAUAUCAUGCAGCAAGACAUGCUGCUGCCACAUCUCACCGCACGGGAAGCCAUGAUGGUGUCUGCCAAUUUGAAGCUCAAUGAGACUAUGGAUGUGAAAAAAGAACUGGUGAACGAGAUUCUGAUUGCCUUAGGACUUCUUGACUGUGCUCAUACUCGCACUGACUCACUGUCAGGGGGUCAGUGUAAAAGGCUCAGCAUUGCCCUUGAACUGGUCAACAACCCACCAAUUAUGUUCUUUGAUGAACCCACCAGUGGCUUAGACAGUGCGUCAUGCCAUCAGGUGGUGUCCCUAAUGCGUUCUCUUGCGCUGGGAGAACGGACUAUCAUCUGCACUAUCCACCAGCCAAGUGCCAAACUGUUUGAGAUGUUUGACAAGCUCUACAUUCUGGGACAGGGUCAGUGUAUCUACAAAGGCACAGUCCCCUACCUCAUCCCCUAUUUGAAGGGACUGGGACUUUACUGUCCUACAUAUCACAACCCUGCAGACUUCAUCAUUGAAGUGGCAUCGGGAGAGUAUGGAGAUUUGAACCCUGUUUUAUUUGAGGCGGUCCAAGGUGGAAUGUGUGCAGUUGAAGAGAAGAACCAGUGUGAUAGCAACGGCACAACAAAACACCCAAAGUUCUUGUGGCAUGCUCCUAAUGAGACUACGGAUGGUAGCUCAUUGAUGCCCUGUCAUACUUUUGCCACAAGCACACUGACACAGUUCUGCAUCCUCUUCAAGAGAACUUUCAUAACUAUUUGCCGUGACCAGGUUUUGACCCAUCUCAGACUGAUAUCCCACAUCUCCAUCGGUGUGUUGAUAGGCUUGCUGUAUCUGAACAUCGGAAAUGAUGCCGGCAAGGUGUUAAACAACACGGGAUUUCUUUUCUUCUCAAUGCUCUUCCUCAUGUUUGGUGCGCUCAUGCCAACUGUGUUAACCUUUCCUGUAGAAAUGCCUGUCUUUUUGAGAGAGCAUCUGAACUACUGGUACAGCUUGAAAGCAUACUAUCUGGCCAAGACCAUGGCUGAUAUUCCAUUCCAGGUGAUCUGCCCCAUUAUGUACUGCAGCAUAGUGUACUGGAUGACGGAGCAGCCUCCCGAAGCCAGCCGCUACCUCCUCUUCAUUGCUCUGUCCAUCUGCACUUCUCUGGUAGCACAAUCACUUGGCCUGCUAGUUGGCGCAGCCUCCACCUCACUGCAGGUGGCCACCUUUGUUGGACCCAUCACAGCUAUCCCAGUGCUGCUUUUCUCUGGAUUCUUUAUCAGCUUUGACACAAUUCCGAAGUAUCUGCAGUGGAUCUCUUAUGUGUCUUAUGUCAGGUAUGGUUUCGAAGGAGUGAUUCUGUCCAUCUAUGGGAUGAAUCGUUCAGAGCUGGAGUGUCCGCGCAAGGUGUGUCGUUUUCAACAGCCUGAAGACGUUCUUCACUUCUUGGACGUAGGAGAUGCAAAACUCUACAUGGAUUUCAUCGCUUUAGGCAUUUUCUUUCUAGUCUUACGAAUGGCCACCUAUCUUAUCCUUCGCUAUAAAAUAAAGGCUGAGCGGUAG